UCCGAUCCGUCACUGAGAUGACAUCACAGUCUCCAAUAAUAAGAAACAGUCAAACAAGGGAGUCCCCACUUCCCUCCUCCCUCAUACACAUCCCACAGAAUGAACAGAGGGUAGAAAGAGUAGUGCUGGGCAGAGUGACUCUCAUUAGCUCCCAGAGAGAGAGUCCCUUUUAAGGGAUUCACAUGCACACACGGGAACGCGCCGACAUACGCACAAACACGCUUUAGUUGCAUCUCCAUAGCGACCAGCUCUGCUGUCCCAGCUUGGGGAGGAAACUGAGUGCUUUAAAGCUGCUACAACGCAAACACACACACACGCACACACAUACAGCUCUGUUCUAAUCCGUGUCCGGCCACGACGGAAAAACCUCUCCUCAUCUUAUCACCCGGCUACCUUCCUCUGUCACUUCUCUCCUCUCCCCGUCCAGCCCAUAUUUUCUUUUUCUUCAACUUCCACCCUCUCUCCCUCUCUCACAUACCCUCCCCCUCUCUUUUUUCUCCCUUUCACUAUCUGUCUCUAUCCCUUCCCCGUCUGAAGUACAUAACAGAGAGAUGAAAGAGAAGAACCCCUGGCCUACGCCUGUGACCAUCAUCAUCAUUGUGAUUGGUGUCAUAGCGAUUGUUGCCCUGGUGACGGUGGCGGUUUUGCAGAACAAACCUGUCCCCCAAAAGUACAAGUAUGGGAUUGUGCUGGACGCUGGAUCUUCCCACACAGCUCUUUAUAUUUAUCACUGGCCAGCAGAGAAGGAUAACAACACUGGCAGAGUUGAACAGACACACUCCUGCAAAGUCAAAGGUAAAGGUAUUUCCAGCUAUGCGUCUGAACCAUGGAAAGCAGGAGAGUCUCUGAAAGAGUGCAUGGGGGAGGCUGAGGAGACUGUCCCCAAAGAAAGAGCUCACGAGACCCCACUCUAUCUGGGAGCCACAGCAGGAAUGAGGCUGCUGGAUAUUGUGAAUAGCUCAGCAUCAAAGAACGUAUUUCAGGCUGUGGAGAACGCCUUGCGGAACUCCCCCUUCUCCUAUCAGGGAGCAAGAAUCCUCAGUGGGCAGGAAGAGGGUGCCUUCGGGUGGGUCACAGUCAACUACUUGGAUGAUCGUCUCAAACAGGGCUUGAAAACAACAGGCGCUCUUGACCUUGGCGGGGCGUCUACUCAAAUUAGCUUUAUAUCCGAUGAUUUUGAUGGCUCAGAGUCACCCAUCAACUCUGUCAACUUCCGACUCUAUGGAAAUGAUUAUAACCUGUAUACUCACAGCUUCCUGUGCUACGGAAAAGACCAAGCGUUAAAAAUGGUGGUGGCAAAUCACACUCAGUCAGGUGCAACAACAGUAUUGGAUCCUUGUUUCCACUCAGGCUACAAUGAGACAAAGAACUACUCCGUCCUUUAUGACAGCCCCUGUGUGUCAGGCAGGAAACCUCAGGAAGUUCCAGAAAAAUUUGAUCACAUUGGGAAAGGAAACUUCCAAGAAUGCCAAGAAGUUGUGAAAAGUGUAUUUAACUUUACUUCCUGCAAAUACAGCCGAUGCUCUUUCAAUGGGGUCUUCCAGCCUCUUUUGCAGGGGCCAUUCGGGGCGUUCUCUGCUUACUACUUUGUGAUGAACUUCCUCAAUUUGACGGAUACAUCCAUGCCCCUUGAAACUGUGAAGGAAAAGCUAAGCCAGUACUGUGCUACCUCUUGGGAUAAGAUAAAGAUUCAGCAUCCUACAGUAAACGUAAAGUAUCUGGCUGAAUACUGCUUCUCGGGCACCUACAUCCUCACCCUGUUGACAGAAGGAUAUGAUUUCACUGCAGUGACUUACUCAAACAUAAAAUUCAUCAAGAAGAUAAAAGGCAGUGAUGCAGGCUGGACUCUGGGUUACAUGUUGAAUCUCACCAACAUGAUCCCAGCUGAGGCUCCUGACUCACCCCCUCUCCCCCACGCUGGCUACGUCUCCAUAGUAACCGUCAUGACAAUACUACUCAUUGGCCUCCUCUUACUUCUCGCCCUCCGCAUAUUCUGGCCCCGUUGCUCCAAGAAAACACAAAUUGUAUAAACACUCUGAAGCGUAUGUAUGCAUGUACAGUUAUGUGCAAAAAUCUCGAGUCACUCCUCAUCUAUUUAUAUUUUCCUUUCAAGGAGCCACAUGUACUUGUAGUCUAAGCAGCGAGAGGUGAACCGUCUUCAAGAAACUUAAAGGAGUCCAGGCUCUUGUCUUUCCAAGUUCCAUAGACAACCAUAACCUUGAUGACUGAGAACCUACACAAACUAUUAUUUUUAACCUCUCUUGAGCAAUAGUUCUCUAGACUUCCUGAAGGUCUUUCACAAUUCUUCUUUAGACAUUGGCUGCUUUUUCACUUAUUUUCAGUUCAGUCUUUGUACCUCGCCA